AUGUCAUCCGACAACCUUGGACCCGCUGUGGUCUCCGUCUCGUGGGUCUUUGCUACCCUUUCUACGGCUGUAGUUCUUGCACGAUUUUAUGUACGCCUACGAAUUGUACGAGCUCUUACGCUUGACGAUUACAUCAUUGCAGUCACUCUUCUUCUUGCGCUAGGAGAUAGCGUAUUUCUAACGAUCUCAACUUCUUGGGGCUUAGGGCAACACAUCGAAGCAUUCGAAUCACGACCUUUACAUAUCGUGUACACUAUCAAAUGGGUAUACUUAUGUGAAUUCUUUUCUAUCUUGUCGCCCGGGUUUGGCCGAAUAUCAUUUGCCUUUUUACUCCUCGGUCUUAUGCCACCAGCAAAAGCACAACGCCGGUUUCUAUGGGCUAUUAUAUGCAUCCAGUUCAUAGUGGAUGUUGGAACUAUCAUCAUCAGCUUUGCUCAAUGCAAACCUAUUAACGGUUACUGGGAUCCGAGCAUCAAAGCUGACUGCUGGUCCCCGUACGUGCAACAAUAUACAGGCUACUUUCAGGGCUCCGUAUCCUCUUUAGUAGACUUCAUCCUAGCCCUUUUUCCUACUAGUCUGUUCUGGAAUUUGAAAAUGGAGUUAAAGCAGAAAAUAUCCUUGAGCUGCCUAAUGGGAUUAGGCAUCUUCGCAAUGAUAGCAUCUAUUGUCAAAACGAUCAACCUUCGGGCCAUCAGCGAGACAUCUGAUUCGACAUACGCUAUGGCCAAACUAGCAAUCUGGUGGACUCUCGAGGCCUAUCUUGUCCUUUUGGCUGUUUCUAUACCGACCUUAAGACCUAUUCUGAAAGGUGCCAGUGUUUUCACACGAAACAGGAGUAGCCCUUCUAGUGACAUAAACACGUUCAACUCAAGGAAGCAAGGUCAGCCGAAGAGUGAUCUAAACAACCACGGCCCCUUUCAACGCCUCGAUGAAUACGUCUAUGCUACAGGCAUCAGCAGUGAUGGUGGCUUCCAACCUAAUGAGGCUUGUGGAUAUCCCAUGGAUCCAUUACGUACAGCCGGUGUUCGACCCCACGAUGAGGACGGUAUACGCAAGGACAUAACAGUAUCCGUCACUUUUGGCGGGGCGAUCGCAGAUAGAAGGAUUGAAGGAAGACCAAAUAACAGAAGCUCAGCUUGA